AUGGCCCCGUCCCCUCGGAGCAGGUUCGUGCGGGAGUCGAGGCCGCUGGUCGCGAGGACAAGAGCCCGGCUCCCGUUCUCUCCACUUUUGUGUUACACUGGCCUCAUUGAAAUCUUAAAGAUGCAAAGUACCCUUGCUGCAGCUUCAGCACAGGGCUUGGAUGCUCCUGGUUUGGGAGAUGGUCGGUGGAGAUGUGUUGCUCAUCAUGAUUACACGGUUAUGUUGCAAACGACAGUGUUAAGAAACCUGCAGGUGGCCAGCUUCUUCAUUGGUGAAGUACCAUGUAUUUCCCUGGAAAAAAAAAUAGAUUUUACAUCUUCAGAGCGAGCCAGCUCGCUUGCUUUACCAAACUGUUACACGCAGAACAGCUCCGUCGCUGGCGCCGCGGCAGAGGGAAGCCCCGAGCCCUUAUUUGCGCGCUGGCUGGCGGAGGCAGCGCUCCGCAAGCCUUCCCUCCGCGCUCGCCCCGCACAUGCGGGCAGCGCCGCGCAGUCCCGUGGAGUGGCGCUCCGGCCCCGACGGGGCGGCCGCUGCUGCCCAGGACCGCGCUGGGGCGGGCAGCCCCCCGCGGGCCAGACCCGCAGCUUUGCCGCCGUCUGCGCCGUCCGCGGCGCCCCUGGACGGGACGGGCUGCCCCGCUGUCCCGAGGGAGCUGCAGCCCCCGCAGAGCCUCCAGCGCGGAGAAGGGACCGCCCCGGGAAGGGACCCCGGCCGGGGAGGCAGCGGCCUCCUCCCCGCAGACCGCCCCCGCAGCCGCCGCCCCAGCUGGGCUCGGCCAGCUCCGUCCCCAGGACUUCCACUUCUUCUUUUUUAAUUAAGGACAUUUUGGGCGACAGCAAACCGCUGGCGGCGUGUGCACCUUACAGUACCAGCGUUCCCUCUCCCCAUCACACUCCCAAACAGGAGGGCACGGCAGCCCCGGAAAGCUUCAGGCCAAAGCUCGAGCAGGAGGACAGCAAGGGCAAGCUGGACAAGCGUGACGACACGCAGGGCGACAUCAAAUGCCACGGGACAAAGGAGGAGGGUGACCGGGAGAUCAGCAGCAGCCGGGACAGCCCGCCCGUGCGGGCCAAGAAGCCGCGCAAGGCGCGAACGGCCUUCUCGGACCACCAGCUCAACCAGCUGGAGCGCAGCUUCGAGCGCCAGAAGUACCUGAGCGUGCAGGACCGCAUGGAUCUGGCCGCCGCACUCAACCUCACCGACACGCAGGUGAAAACCUGGUACCAGAACCGCAGGACGAAGUGGAAGCGGCAGACAGCGGUGGGACUGGAGCUGCUGGCCGAGGCCGGCAACUACUCGGCGCUGCAGAGGAUGUUUCCCUCGCCCUAUUUCUACCACCCCAGCCUGCUGGGCAGCAUGGACAGCACGACGGCGGCCGCGGCGGCCGCGGCCAUGUACAGCAGCAUGUACCGGACUCCCCCCGCGCCGCGCCCCCAGCUCCAGCGGCCGCUCGUGCCGCGGGUGCUCAUCCACGGGCUGGGGCCCGGCGGGCAGCCGGCCCUCAACCCCCUGGGCAACCCCAUGCCGGGCACUCCGCACCCCCGGUGA